CCCCCACCAAAGUUCAAAGUUCAAAGUUCGACACUCAUAGUUUUCCACCUCACCGCCGCAUCUCACCAAAUUUCCACCGCCCACCACUACAUACUCGCAGCCAUGACUCCGCAACCGCCCCAGCCCACCGAAGACCAAACCGAAGACCUCCUGUACUUCGCGCGAGCCGGCGAGACCGCCGACUUCGUGCAGGCGCUCUCGGAAACCAAAGCGGCCCUCCCGGGACUCACGGACGCCGAGAUCCUGCUCGCCGCAAGGGACGAGCACUCGCAGAACAAUGUCCUGCACAUGACGUGCGGGAACGGACACCUCGAACUGACCAAGAAAAUCCUCUCACUGCUGCUGGCGCCGGUUGCGCCCGAUGCGCCGCCGCACGAGCUGCUGUCGCAGAAGAACUCGGCCGGAAACACGCCGCUGCACUGGGCGGCGCUCAAUGGGCACCUGCCGGUUGUGCAGACGCUGGUGAUGGCCGCGAACGCCGACCCGACUAUUACGAAUGCGGCCGGGCACGAUGCGGUGUUCGAGGCGGAGGCGAACGAGAAGGGCGAGGUUGUGGACUGGUUGCUGGGACACUGCGAGGGGCUCGAGGAGGUGAUCAAGGGCAGUGUUGACGGCGAGGAGGAGUUUAGAGUCGCUGCUGGCGAAAAGCUCGAGGAGGGGAAGGGGAAGGAGGUCGAGGUUGUAGAUGUGGAGAUGGAGAUGGGCGAGAAUUAAAAGUUUGGGUUGGCUGGGCUGGGUUUUGGGGGCGUUAUUUGUUUUCUACACCCAAUUUACUCUAUAUAGCGAGAAGAGAUUCGAUUGGAAGGGACUUCUGGCACUGGUACUCGAACAUCUUACAAAAUGGGAAAACGU